AUGAAGAUCUCCGCGUCAGCUUUGAUCGGGCUCGGGGCCCUUCUCCAGGUUGCUGAAGUUUCGGCUCAAGCGUUCAGCAAGAGUGGCAGCUCCAGUCUCGGCGGCGAUCUGCCUGUCGUUGGGCCGUCGGAUGCGCCUGUGUCGAACGAGACCAUCUCCAGCCCUGAAGCUGCUUCGGCGGCGACAGGAGCUCCGUCCACCCCCAUCGUCGGUGGUGGCAAUUCCUCGACGCUUGGAGCCUCGGAACCACCGAGCUACCUGGUUGAGCACACGGACGCCAUGAUGGGCCUCUGCCCUCCCAAGUACCUGGAUUCGUCGGUGAUCAAGAACCGCGCCAUCCCGACCAACAACUGGUGGGGCAACAUCAUCGCGCACGACUCGAACGCGGCCAUCCAGCCUAUCUGGCCGAAUCCGUACUCGCUGCAGAUGGUUGUCGACAACGCGCCCUUCGGCAUGUCCGUGAGCUACCCGUAUCGCAACCGCUUCAGCGGCGGGAGCUCCGGAAACAACGGCGCCGUCAAAUUCUACGCGCACGGCCAGGUCCGCGAGUUCAUGUUUUCUGCCGUCGAGAUGCAGCAGAAGCCCAACUUCCAAGUCGUGGACUGGGCCGACCAAGGUGUGACCGUCAAGUUUUCGGCUAGCUCGUCCAGCGGCACCAUGGUGUCGGACCUCGUGUCAGGCAUGGUGUACACCUCCAUGAAGUACUCGGGACUCACCCCGCGCCUCGUGUCGAGUGCUGCGAUCUCCAGCGUCAACGGCCAGCCGCUUGGUGGACAAGUGCGCGGCUCCAAGUUCGUGAUCGCGUACAACUCCGGCCAGAAGUGGGUUGUGUACGCACUCUCGAGCGACGGUCGGAGCGAGCAGGAGAUCACUCUGACUGCUGACGGCAACACUGCACUCAUGAGCACUGCGGCGUUCGACGGCAUCCUGCGAGUGGCGCUUGUCGACGACGACUCCUGGCUGAGCACCCUUGACCAGCACAAGUCCUGCGUCGUGCAGGCAGCAACCGUGGAUCUGCGCGACGAAAGCUCCUACGCGUUCAAGUGGAAGACGACGGGUGACUGCUCCGUUGGUCUGCUGCACUUCGCUAUGAAGCACCAGGUCGAGUCCAUCGACACGAGUGCCGGGGCCCGCAAGGUGGACGGCAUGGUUGCGUACUCGACGACUCGUGGAGCGUACCAGGCUUUCACGACGCCGGGCGGCUCUGCCGACCCUGUGUGGGAGAUCAAGGAGACCCAGCCAGUGCCCGAGGACUUCUACCCGGCCCGCAAGAUCGCAUCUGCCGUGACUCAGCAGCAGCGCGUCCUCGACCACCUGCGCGAGGACAUCAACGCUGCGUGGUCCAUUCCGCUUGACGGCAGCUACUACUUCAACGGCAAGGCUGCCCAGAAGUACGCCUCCUUGUGCUUGAUCGCGAACGAUGCGGCCGUCGUCGGUGGAGACAAGAGCCUCCUGAACACGUGCCUGGCCAAACUCCGCGGCGUGAUGACGCCAUUCGUGACCAAUAGCUGGGCCAACAAGCUCCAGUACGACCAGAUUUACGGCGGCAUCGUGAGCUCGCAGGGCUUCAAGACCAAGGACCUCAACUCCGACUUCGGCAACACCAUGUACAACGACCACCACUUCCACUACGGCUACUGGGUCCACACGGCGGCCAUCGUCAACCGCCUCGACCCGACCUGGAGCGAGCUGGGCAAGCUCAACACCAUGGCCAACCUGCUCGUGCGCGACGUCGCCAACUACGACCCGGAGGACAAGUUCUUCACGCGCUUCCGCUCCUUCGACUGGUUCCGCGGCCACUCGUACUCGCACGGCGUGACCCCGUUCGCCGACGGCAAGGACCAGGAGAGCACCUCGGAGGACGUCAACUUCGCCUUCGGUAUGUACAUGUUCGGCAAGGUGACCAACAACGCGGCGCUCGAGGCCGUCGGCAAGCUCAUGACGCGCGUCAACGCGCACGCCAUCAAGACGUACUUCCUCAUCGAGGACGCCAACCAGAUCCACCCGACCAACUUCCGCCCCAACAAGGUCACGGGCAUCUUCUUCGACAACAAGGUGGACUACGCCACGUGGUUCAGCGCCGAGAAGCACUGCAUCCACGGCAUCCAGAUGAUCCCCGUGUCGGCCGUCACCGAGUUCGUGCGCACCAAGCAGUUCGUCAAGGAGGAGUGGGAGCAGGUGCUGAGCAAGGAGAUGAUCGUCACGCGCGAGGACACGGGCAACUCGUGGCUCUCGCUGCUGUACGCCAACUUCGCCAUGGUGGACAAGCAGCGCGCGCUGGGCGUGCUGCAGAAGGCCAAGAUGGACGACGGCCUCUCGCGCUCCUGGGCGCUCUACAUGGCCGCCAGCUUCGCCGAGUGA